GCCUCCAGUGUCUGUCUCCAGGAUUUCUCUCUUCCUAUUUCAGGAGGACUCUCACAGGCUCCCUCAGCCUGUGUGAAGCUGAGGUUUCCCCUGGAUCCCGUAUAUCCCCGACACAUACCUCCACGCACACACGUCCCCGAGAACCUCGCGCUCACACCGACAUACACACGCGCGCACACACACUCGCUCUCGCCUGCCCAUCUCCCUCCCGGGAGAGCCGGCGCGCCUUCCCACCUUCGCUGCACACUCCGGCGGCAAGCCUAGCUCGCAGCGCUCCAGGAUUCUGCGGCUCGGAUCUCGGAUUGCAGCUCUGAACACCCAUGGUGGUUUUUUAAACAUUUCUUUUCCUUCUCCUCAUUCUGGUUUUUAUCGCUCCUUUUUCGAGCUGGAGAACUAGCGGAGCAAGGCAGCUGCUUUCCCAGCCAGCCCUGGUUGGCUUGCCACCCUCCAUCUGGCUUAUAAAAGUUUGCUGAGCGCAGUCCAGAGGGCUGCGCUGCUCGUCCCCUCGGCUGGCGGAAGGGGGUGACGCUGGGCAGCGGCAAGGAGCGCGCCGCUGCCUCUGGCGGGCUUUCAGCUUGAGGGGCAAGGUGAAGAGCGCACCGGCCCUGGGGUUCACAGAGCUGGAUUUGCAUGUUGCACCAUGCCUUCUUGGAUCGGGGCUGUGAUUCUUCCCCUCUCGGGGCUGCUGCUGUCCCUCCCGGCCGGGGCGGAUGUGAAGGCUAGGAGCUGCGGCGAGGUCCGCCAGGCUUACGGUGCCAAGGGAUUCAGCCUGGCGGACAUCCCCUACCAGGAGAUCGCAGGAGAACACCUAAGAAUCUGUCCUCAGGAAUACACAUGCUGCACCACAGAAAUGGAAGACAAGUUGAGCCAACAAAGCAAACUCGAGUUUGAAAACCUUGUGGAAGAGACAAGCCAUUUUGUGCGCACCACUUUUGUGUCCAGGCACAAGAAAUUUGAUGAAUUUUUCCGAGAGCUCCUGGAGAAUGCAGAAAAGUCACUAAACGAUAUGUUUGUACGGACCUAUGGAAUGCUGUACAUGCAGAAUUCAGAAGUGUUCCAGGAUCUUUUCACAGAGCUGAAAAGAUACUAUACUGGGGGCAACGUGAAUCUGGAGGAAAUGCUCAAUGACUUUUGGGCUCGACUACUGGAGCGGAUGUUUCAGCUGAUAAACCCUCAGUAUCACUUCAGCGAGGACUACCUGGAGUGUGUGAGCAAAUACACAGACCAGCUGAAGCCCUUUGGAGAUGUGCCCCGGAAACUGAAGAUUCAGGUUACCCGCGCCUUCAUCGCUGCUCGCACCUUUGUCCAGGGGCUGACUGUGGGCAGAGAAGUUGCAAACCGAGUUUCCAAGGUCAGCCCCACCCCUGGGUGCAUCCGCGCUCUCAUGAAGAUGCUGUACUGCCCAUACUGCCGGGGACUUCCCACUGUGAGACCCUGCAACAACUACUGCCUCAACGUCAUGAAGGGCUGCCUGGCAAAUCAGGCCGAUCUCGACACGGAGUGGAAUUUGUUUAUAGAUGCAAUGCUCUUGGUGGCGGAGCGACUGGAGGGGCCAUUCAACAUUGAGUCGGUCAUGGACCCCAUAGACGUCAAGAUUUCUGAAGCCAUUAUGAACAUGCAAGAAAACAGCAUGCAGGUGUCUGCAAAGGUCUUUCAGGGAUGUGGCCAGCCCAAACCUGCUCCAGCUCUCAGAUCUGCCCGCUCAGCUCCUGAAAAUUUUAAUACACGCUUCAGGCCCUACAAUCCUGAGGAAAGACCAACAACUGCUGCAGGCACAAGCUUGGACCGACUGGUCACCGACAUAAAAGAGAAAUUGAAGCUCUCUAAAAAGGUCUGGUCGGCAUUACCCUACACCAUCUGCAAGGACGAGAGCGUGACCGCCGGCACAUCCAACGAGGAGCAAUGCUGGAAUGGGCACAGCAAAGCCAGGUACUUGCCCGAAAUUAUGAAUGAUGGGCUGACCAACCAGAUCAACAACCCCGAGGUGGACGUGGACAUCACACGGCCCGACACGUUCAUCAGACAACAGAUCAUGGCUCUCCGCGUGAUGACCAACAAACUGAAAAACGCAUACAAUGGCAAUGACGUCAACUUCCAGGACACAAGCGAUGAAUCCAGCGGCUCAGGGAGUGGCAGCGGGUGCAUGGAUGACGUAUGUCCCACGGAGUUUGAGUUUGUCACCACAGAGGCCCCUGCAGUGGAUCCCGACAGGAGAGAAGUGGACUCUUCCGCAGCCCAGCGCGGCCACUCCCUGCUCUCGUGGUCUCUCGCCUGCACUGUCUUAGCACUGCAGAGACUGUGCAGAUAAUCCUGGGAUUUUGGUCGAUGAAACUGCAUUUUAGCUAUUUGAAUGGCCAACUCACUUCUUUUCUUACACUCUUGGACAAUGGACCAUGCCACAAAAACUUACCGUUUUCUAUGAGAAGAGAGCAGUACUGCAAUCUGCCUCCCUUUUUGUUUUCCCAAAGAGUACUGGGUGCCAGACUGAACUACUUCCUCUUUCCUUCAGCUAUCUGUGGGGACCUUGUUUAUUCUAGAGAGAAUUCUUACUCAAAUCUUUCGUACCAGGAGAUUUUCUUACCUUCAUUUGCUUUUAUGCUGCAGAAGUAAAGGAAUCUCACGUUGUGAGUUUUUUUUCCCAUAUUAAAAAAAAAAUAGGUAGAAAGAAAAUACUUUUCCUUAUAAAACCAGGCCAAACCCCAAGACAACUGCAUUUGCAACAAAGAAGCAAACAAGAGGGAAAAAUAAAGGAACUUUAGUGCCGUAAGUUUGGCAUUGGCCAGCCACCUCCCAGUGUAAGCUUUUCUGUGACAAAUUGGGUUUACAAAAUGCUUAUGGGGAGAAAGCUUGGAAUUUGUUUUAAAUGUAGUGAAGAUACACUAUUGUCUUGGAGGUGUCACCGUACACUCUAACCACACAAUACCAAAUUGAUUUGGAGGUACUGAUACUAAAUUUAGAAUUCCAUCUUUAAUGUGAGAACAAAAAUAAUUACAAGUCAGCACCUCUCUCUCACCCUGACCAAUCUCAGUUUCGGUAAUGGCACCAUUUUUCUUAAUUCCCUUAAUGUUUGUCCAUUGUAUCCAAUUGGCACAGAUUUUUCCCUUUGUGUCCAGUUACUAGCAGACACCCUAUCAGUUCAUCCUUCUCAAGGGUCUCGAUUGAAAAUGAUCUUCAAUGAUACAAUAUCUGCUUUUCCACAGUUUUGACAUUAAUUAGAUGUUUCUGGCCCUGUGCUCAUCAUCCUCCCACAAUAAAAGUUUUGUUUUUUUUUUCAUAAUGAGACGAUAAACAAUUAUUACAGAUCCAUUCAUGAGUUUUCAUUCUUAACUAUUUGCUUUGUGUCAGUUGGUUUCUGCAUCACAAGGGCAUUCUCUUACAAAAUAACUCACAACAACAAAAGAAAGUCAAGACAAAAAUAUAUAUAUAGUAUUGACAUGGAGAUUUCUUUCACUUUUUUAGUCUUAGUAUGAUCAUCUAUUUUUAUAUCUCUAUAUAUAUAAAUCACAGAUUUUAACUUCUUAAUUCCAAGCUCAGGGUUGACACACCUUUGUAACAAAAAUGUUUUGUCAACCAGCUCUUCUUGUUUUGUGCUGCUCAGAGAAGGGAUUCCUCAGUGAUCUGUGAGCACCAAGAAUCAAGAAAGAGAACUUUUUAUGUAUCUAACUGUCCAUUUAUUAAAAGUUUGCCAGGGCACACCCUUUUUGCAUGAACACGCUUUGUCCUGGGUGCUCCAGACUUAUGUGGAGUGGAGCCCAUGGGAUGAGCCGUGGGUGUGCAGGAAUUUACUGGUAAUGAAAACUGUACGUGUAAAGAAUGUUAUUCAUGAAAAACCAUUGCUUUCAUGUACAACACCUUUGGCCUAGGAUUCCUGCUUGGCACUUGGAUAAAUGACUUAACUCAAUAGGCCAAUUUAGAACCACCGCCUAACCUCCCCACCAAGUAUGCCAAAGCCAGGCCCUACGCUCCCCCAACAGAGAGAAGCAAAAUAAACCAAACUGGGGCUUUGUGAAUACAGUUGGCUAUCCAUGUGUUUCUUCGUUUUUAUGUUGCAUCUGGAGUAGGGAAAAGUCAUGUUUCAAGACACCAUAGUAUGCCAGUCACAUUUUAAUUAACUCAUUGACAGUAUUGACACAUAAAUGCUAUUUUCCGAUCUCUGUUCUCAUCAAAAUUAAAAUUAGUUAUUGAUUUAGUCAUCACAUUUAUGUAGAACACAUACGGCACAAUAGUAUUAAGUAUAUUUGAGCACUUUUGCAAAACAGAAAGUAUUUACAAGCAUCUAUUGCUACUUUAUGCCUAAUGAAAUAUAAAAUGUAAGAUUCUGAGAGACUUUGUGGCAUCCUUUCAUUUGAACCUUGAUGAAAGUAACGAUCUAAUUCAGCGUUACAUACUUCUAGAAAACCGUCUAUUUCACUGCCAAACUUCGGCUUCCUAUCACCAAUUACACAUAAAAACAUCUCUGUGAAGGACCAAUCAUUUACCUUGCUCAUUUCAUUGUAUGUUCAGUAAUCAGUAUUGUCUUUCUCCAGUAAUUAAGGUGCAAUACAAGUUAAAUCAACCUUGAUUUUCCAAAAUAUUUGAGUAAUAACUUGUUUUAUGGCUUUAAAUUCCAAGUCUUUUCUUUUUUUAAAUAUUUCUGCAUUAUCUUUUAUGAAAUAGAUCAGGAUGUUUUGUUUUUCCUGUGCUUUCACCCCAAAAGGUUUUGUGCAUGUGUAUGAAUUCACAUUAUAUUAAUGAAUGUGAACCCAUGUUCUGUACGCACUAAACACACAGAUAAUAUACAAACGCCUGCUUCAUUUGUUUCAAUGCCUUCAUUAUGAAUAUUAUUCAUAUUGAUGAGAUUUAAUGAUGCAUAUGAGCCAGGCAGAGAGCUGAAAUGACUGUCAGUUAGAGAUGCCACAAUAUUAGUCACCCUGCAUGGACGUGGUCAAAAUAAUAUUCAAGUUGUACUUCUUGGUUUUUAUCAUCAGCCUGCCGUGUCAUAUGAUUUUCAGACUCAUUUAAUAUGAGAAUUUUUUUUGUCCCUAAAGGAUUUCAUUUAAUCUAAUUACCCCAUUUCAGUAAGUAUUUUGGAAUUUUCCCCCCAAAUCAAUUUUUCUCAUUUCAGCCUAGUGAUAGGGGAUGCAGUGAUGCUCCAUUAUUUUUCAUGACCUGCCCUCAUUUGCUCUGAUGUCCAUCAUCAUAACUUUUGUUAUGAAUAGAGAGGAAUGGGCUCACUGAAAUCAGACACUAGACAUUGGUGGGUGAUGCUCAUAACUGCAAACACUUAGCUUAUUGAAGUGCCUCUAUUUACAUGUUCUUUAGUUAUAAUAUGUAUUUUUCUAACAGAAAUACACGUCUGUAAUUGGUAUAUAUUAUACUUUGUAUAUGUUACAACAAAAGCUAAACAGAGGCUAAAGUCUUUAGCAGAGAAGAAUGAAUUGCAAAUUUAUGAAUAAGAGCUCUGUUUACGGUUCUGUAUUGAAGGACAACUGUUGACAACCUUCUGUCAUUGUAACGAAGGCCAAGUUGGUACUUUGAUUAUAGCCAUCAUAGAACGUUAGCACUAGAAAUCUUAAGUCCCUUACAGUGAUUUACCCAGAUAGCAUUAAGUAACUUAUAUCAUAUCACCUGCUUUAAAUGUAAGGGAUAGAAAAUGCUAUUUUGUCUACACUAAAAAACACUGUUACUCAUCGACAAGCAGUAGUAAUUAUAAAUGUUACAUUCUUUAAAUCAAACACAUUGAAAAUAUUAUUGGAGGCAGAACCCUGAUAUUUAAUUUCUAUUCCCUGCUGCAGACAUUAGCCUACUUUAAUUCUUUUGCCAUUACAUACAUGUUUUGGCUACAGACUGAACACCAACUAAAGUCCCCAAAGAGGAAUAAAACAUAGCAAAUUCCUGAGCUGUGAUUCUUUUAUCACUUCUCUUUGCAAAGCUAAUUAUCAGGUGGUUUGAGUAACGAUAGAAGCAUCAGCAAAUGCAAGUUUUGUGUUAGCCAAACCUUGCAGACAUUUAAACUCAUUUUUAUUGACUUCCAGUCACUAAAAGACCUGACUUUUAAUUAAAAAAAAAAAAGACAGUUUAGCUUUGCAACAGAAGAGUAAAGGAGACCAUAACUUAUAAAUUUGCAAUGUGUUCCUCCUUGGUGGAGACAUUAGCCAGUGUUUAGUUUCAGGCCAACUGAUACAAAUAGUGUAUUGAUUUGUACGCAUUCUAGAGACUUGCUAUAUCAUGGUUUGCUACAGCCCGGACUCAGCUUAGCAGGGGGACAUUUUGAACUUCAUUCAAAGUUGAGUAGUUACUGGAAUCUUUGACAUUGCCUUAUAAAGAGGUACUUCCAUGAAAAGACCGCAAAGGAUGGCAUAAUAGUAAGGUCUCUGUGCAUAUACACAAUAUAUAUGCAGGAUAAAUGUGUGCACCAAUCAAACCUAAAAUUUUAUGUGACUGUCAAAUGAAUAUUAUUUCGGUUAAGAUUUUUCAUUUCUGAUUUGGAUAGAAAAUUGCUAUUAAUCUUGUAUUAAAAUAGUUUUUAAAAAUCUACCAGUGCCCUUUCUGCAUUUUCUUAAUUAUUGUCAUAGUCUAAAUUUAGAGUUUUUCAAUUUUUUCGUUUGAGAACUUUUUAGAAGCUUCAAUAUUAAAAAAAAAAAAGGACAACGAAAACAAAACCCAUAGAUUAAACCAAUGCCACUCACCAAAGAACACUCAGUAUUUGAAACCAGGGACUAUUAGAACUUUAGAUCAUUUAGAGUUUCCCAAAUGUGUAUGGAAAAUACUGUAUCUGUCUUCUUUUGUGCUGGAUUAUUUUCUCAGAGGAAAAACUUACUGGCUUGAGAACUGAUGUCGAUACCUUAUAAAUAAGGUCAGAAAAAUAAGAUCAUAUGUGAAAAGACUAAUAAUUUCUAAAUCCAGCCAAUUGCAUUGAUUUUUAUACUUAUGAAAUGUUACCAUGCUCUCAGGCAUGCUAAAUAUUGUAUAACCUGCUAAAGAUUAAUUUAACAAACAUUAAUGUGCUCCUACUCUGUGCACACCCCGCUCUGGGGGCUGUAUCACUGGCUGUGAAAAACCACCAGUUGAAAAUUAUUCAUUCCUUAAUGCAGUUAAUAAUGAUUAUUACAAAUACAUCACUUAUUUCAGAAAUGCUCAUUUAAAUAAAGGAACCCAUAUAAA